GGCAAUCAGUGUAGCCUUUAACUUUGUCCACCUGAAUAUUUUGUUUGCCGCACUGAAUUGGAUCUGCAUGCAAAGAUGAACUGGCAGAGCAGAUCUAUAAGUAAUGGGAUCAGGUUUUUGAUCAAAAACGAACAUUGAUCACGUCAUAUCUACUGCUUCUCUGGUUCAAAAUAUUCUUGUCUACUUAUAAGUUCUCUUCUUUAUCCUAUCAUCCCAGCAGCAAAUCACAUAAGUCGCCCUUCACUGCUCAAUUUGUCUUGACCUUUCCACAAUCUAUCAAGCAGACAUUGCAGUUCUUCUCAGUUCGUCUUCAAUUCCAACUAGGGUACCCAGUCUAUCCAAUACUGAAGGAGGAAAACGCCUCCGAGAUGUCUGAACAGUGGGUCGUAUUCAAGAUCACGAAUGUCUGUCCGGACACCAUCAAGAUUAGCAACGCUCAUCUGAGCGAGUACAUUUAUAUAUGUCUUUUUUUUUUUCCAAUCCCUGCUGAAAGUUUUCGCACGGUAGGGGUAUUUUUUCCCAGUGGCCUGACAAAGAAAACGAACUGCCUUCGGAUUCUGUCAAUGGAUCCCAAAUCCAACCUGGGAUGCAGAACCUGUCCUUCGGCUCCUGUGGCAAAGAUAGCGGCACCAGAGACGAAUCCUUUUGAAGUUAAGGGUAGAGUUGUGGCAAGGGUAGAAUGGUAUUGUUCACCGCGUCCUGGAUUACAGAAUCCGGUGACGAGCUCUUCUUUCACUAGGGGCUACAGCAUUAGCCAUAGGGGCAACAUUUCUACUGGUGCUAUUGGAGAGGUCGUUUUCGAACUCUCCAUUCUCUGCUUGUUCAACCGGUAGCCUGUUGGCAGGGUUUGGGAAAGGGAAGGAGGAGAUGGUCCGGAAUUAAUCUCUGCUAUGUGAUACACUUGAAGGGUAUUUCCCAAUAAAAUGCUUGGUUGGCGAAAGAUAAUUCCUAUUCUAUGAUCACAAUUACCGUAAGUAGAUAUGAUAAUAUCAGGGAAGACAAGAUGGACUCUCCAACACAGCGAUACU